UUCAUCGCUGUUAAAAGGGCGCCUGAAAAGUUCACGCUUAUCCAUCCGCUACUGAUCUCCGGGUGCACAUGACGUGGCGGGCAUGCGAAUCGGACCGUCACGGCCACUGACAAGCGGAGUAGACGCGCGCUCGCGGAUCGAGUAGUCCGAAUCGCAUCGCGCCGCAAGCAAAUCGCUCGUCAAGCGCGCAACAUGCUCCUCGCAUCGCUCUGAUUGAACGUCACGAACAUCGCUGUUAAUGUUGUACGGCUCGCCCGCUCGAUUGAAGGAAAUGGAUCCAGAGAAUGUGGGCAAGGAGACAAUUCUGAAAGUGACAGACUGGUUGCGUGGAAUCUGGGAAAUGAGACGGCGUGCCGGUGGACCGGUUCAGCAAUGGAUUGACUCCAUACCAUCGUCCGCGAAAACGGACAUUCCCAUCGCGAGCGAGUGCCAAGAGCGUAGUCCAGACCGAGAGCAUGAAUCGUUAACACCAACCGAGCCUAAGGACAUUCCAUUUUCUAAGGACCAGAAGCCUCCACGUAUGAUUGUAUCGGCGCCUAUUAAUGUUCCUAGUUCUCCAGCGAUGAAUACACCGCCAUUACCAAGUUCACUUCCUCACAGACUGGCACGAGAUGCAAGCUUUCAGUCGGACAGCAGUCACUGCAGUAGCGUCGAGAGUUUACUAGAACUGCGAAAAGCGGAUCCGGCAGCGAUUCUGCUUGAUCUCGGUUUUGGCGGCAGCACAGCCUGUCAGGAAGAGAACGGCAUAAUUUCUCGCAUUCCUAAGAGAUUCCUACAGCCAUCAUCUUUACGAGGCAUCGACGUAGAUGAAUUUCUUAAGCAACAACAGGAGAGCAAUGAAUCUUUUGAUUCAGUGUCUUUAGGAUAUAGAGGCCUAACAGGAUCGCCAUAUGUAGCUCCAUCGGAGAUUGUGCAAAAGAUUAUGGAACGCUUACGGGAGCACGAUAGCCAUGAAACGGAUACGAGUUUGUAUAAUUGCGACCAGUACAGUCCAAAUGUGCAAAAUGGAAAACUUUCCGUGUUGUCUCCCGAUAACAGGCAAUUCUUGGAACGAUCACGUUCCAAAAGUCCUGACAUGCGCAACAAGCGUAUGAUCAUAGGACAAAAGUCAUUUGCUUUCGGAUGCGAUGGAAAUUUAAUCGAAAUACCUACCAAUAAUACGAAACUUAUGUUGAGUGAUACGGAAAAUGAUCGUGAUAGUACAUUGGAUAUCGAUGAAUCUAUAGAAUUAAAGCAAUCUCCAGAAGAAAGUAUACCAUUCGAACAUCGAUAUCUUUCAAAGAAUGGCAAAAGACUAGCGAAACAAUUAUCAUUUGAUGAUACCGUCGAAUUUUUUGAAACUGACCAAUUAUCAAAAGACAAUCGGAGGACCUCGAAUAGUUUAAAUAUUGCUCAAAGUGGCACAAACAUAGAUAAUAGAGAACAAGAAUGUAAUGCACCGGAUACAACUUUCAGUUGUAGGAAACACGAAUUUUGUGAUAUUCGAAGGGCUAGCGAUGGUUCGUUCGACACUAAAACCUUAGAAAAUAAAACAUUUUACGGAGGACGUCGUUUUAGCGAUGGCGCAAUGCGUGUUAUUGAAAGUCAAAGCAAGGAGUAUACGUUAAUGCAAAAAAGAAGAAGUCUCAGAAGACAGUCCAGAGUAUGUGAUACAACCGCACUGACUUGCGAUCUAAGUCCUAUUAGAUCUAGUAUACCAGAGAUAGUAAUAAUAGAACCUAACGUAGAUAAUAAAGGGAAAACAUCAAAUGACGUAAAUGAUAAUACACAUCAAUUAAAUUUAUCGGAAUCACUCGAGAAUAAAAGCGACUUAGCAUUAAAAACAGAUUCUUUACUUUCAGAAUCUUUACUUAGAAAACCUAAUUAUAUGCCUUCGUCAUCAAAUGUUAGUGAAUCUAUCGAUAGAUUAGAAUGUUUCGAAAUUGCACACGAAGAUUCGGCAUCGAGUGAUCAUUCUUGUACGGACGAUAAUCAAGUUUGCUGUUAUAAAGCAUGUAAAGAUCGCAAACACGAUAAAAAUUCUUUGGACUGUUGUCGCAUUGACAAACGAAAGUAUCGGAAAAAGAUGGAAAAAAUUAUGCAGGAAAACAAAAGAUUAGAGGAUAUGUUAGCAAGAAGUAGGAGAGAGGUGGCAGAGAUUCGCGAUAUGCUGAGCAGUGUAUUAUCAGUCAGGAUGGAACCGGGAUUUUGAAUGAAAUGUUAGAAUGAUUGCCAAUUUCGGUAAAAGCAAAACUAUCAUCUUGUGAUAUAGACCAAUACGUGUAUUAGAAAGAAUUAAUACUUUAUAGAAUUUUGGAUUUUCUAUUUAACGUUUUGAACUGAUCUAUUCUAUUUUAAAAAUCAAAUAUUUUCGAAGUUCAUUUUUUGAAAGAUAUUAACAAAAGA